UCUCCCGACCUGGAGCCCAAAGUUACACUGACAGCAGUAGUAUUGCCUCAUGUUUACAGGAAAUUGUUGGCCUGAGUCUAAUUUUGUAUGAGACAAAUGUCUAACCACUCAGUUCCUGUUCUCAGUGCAGACUAAAGCAGACGUUGUCCGUUAUUCUUUGUACUGAACUGUUUGUGUGUGAAGAUGAAGGUGAACAUGUUUACCUGCCUGUUGGCCUUCAUUCUGCUCUGUAGUGUCACUGCAGGAAUAUCACAUCGAGUGUUGGAGGAGAAGAAGUCGGUCACUCUGAGCUGUCCUCAGUCUGUGGAGGGUGAAGUGACGUGGAGCAGAGAGACAAAUGGACAUAAAGUUGAUUUACUUAAAGCUGAUGAUGACAGAGAAACAAGAUACAAUGACCCACGCAGAAGAUUCGGUUCAUCAGCAGAUAAAUCACUUCACAUUCGCAGCGUUACCGUCUCAGACACUGGAAGAUACUUCUGUAAUGAUGAAGCAGCUGUGGAUCUGACGGUGAUCCCAUCAGGGACAGACAGACAUUACACUCUGGAGAGGACCACCGUCGAGCUGACAUGCCCUCAUGAUGUUGGAGGAUCAGAUGUUCCAUCAUGGAGCAGAGACGGUCGUCAAAUUGAUGGAAGACGUGUUUCACGUGUGAACAAGAUGCUGACUAUCAGAGAUGUGCAGCCUGGUGACUCUGGACUUUACUACUGUGAUGGAAAAGCAGCAGUUUAUCUGAAGGUGACUGAAGGUGAUGCGUCUGAGCGAGGAUACAGUACGACAACUGCAACAACUACACAGACAAAGCCAGAUUACACGAGACCAACAACUGUUUCUGCAACAACAAGACAAGUGGAUACGACUACAACCAAGAAACCCCAGAACACUACGUCAACUGUUCGUACUGUGAUUGGAAUACUCUAUUUAAUCAUCAUGACCAGCAUCACUGUCACUGUCACUGUGUGGACCAAAGCUCAAAAGAAACAGAGUGGACACACAGUAGAAACAGAAUAUGUCCUCUGACCGUCCAACACACAGAAACAAGACAGGUGAAAGAGUCCAACAGUGAACAUCCUGCUUUCAACAUUACUGCUGCAACUACAGAAGCUACUCUUACUACUGCUACGACUCUUACACCUUCCACCACUCAUGCCACCCACAUACUGCUGAGAACCACCGCUAUUCAUAAUGCUGUCAAGAAGAGGCCCAGCUCGGCGUCUGUCUUUCAGCCUUUUAUUUCACCAAGCUCUCACCAACCACUAAAAGUCAGUCCCACAUUUACUCUUGUCCGGCGGCUUCUUGCUCGUCAGCAUUCCCCCACGACCCGGGCCUGUAAACCUCCUUCUUCCCAGUGGUUCACAGUCCGGGCAGCCCGGCUAACUGACUGAGCUAACAUAUAGUUAAAAUAUAAUAUUAGUCUUCUGAUUUAGUCAGUUCUCUAAUGUUACUGUCUUCAUAUGUUUGGAGAGACCUGGUUGUGGGGGGCUCACACCUGACCUAGGACUUGGGACAUCUAUACUGGAAUGGUUAAAGUUUAAAGACGCUGUAACAUUAGGAAGACCACCUGUGGUUGAAAUAACUUCAGUCAUAUCCACAUCCAAUAAAAGACCUGGGGGAAAAGACAGUACCUGUUCUUUCAAAGUAACAGUACUUUUACUUGAGUAAGUGAGCUACUCCUGCUACUGCCUACCUACUGCUGUUUCACAAAGCCUUAACUAUAAAGUUUACAUGAACCCACAUUAUAUUUUAAGCCAGAAUAACUCCACACUGGCUGAUGUAAAUAUUCGCUACAUUAUUUUGUUUAUUUGGGUAACAGUGGGCCGAGUAGAGAAAAUGUCAUGUCAAUUGUUUUUCUUAUAAAUGUAUUUGACAUUUUUCCUUUCAUUAUAAAUCAUAUAUGCAAUAAAUCAUUGAAGA